GGUAAAUAUAAGUUGAUGAUACGUAAAGGUAAAACAACUGCCCCGAUUAAAAUAUCAGCCACUGCCAAGCUGACCAAAAACAUGUUGCUCACAGUUCGCAAAGAUUUAAAUGAAAUGAUACUGACAACUACUGGGAUAUUUCCACCACAUAUCAUCAAUGACAGAACACAAUUGGAUGUUAGCAUAAAUAUUGAAAAUGAGUCUAACGCUUCAUUCAUGUCAUUCAUGGAACUCUUACCACCUUUCAAGUCAUCCAUAUACCCAGAUGUAAUUGAUUCAUUUCCAACCUCUAAAUGGCUAAUAACAUGAGUUUGAUUUUUAUAAUCGUUUGCUGACAUUGUAUCAUUCAUUAAAGAUUUCCCCGUAAUGGCGUAAAUGUCCAC